CCAAAACCCAGAAUCACCUCGCUUCCAAUCUUUCGAUUCUUUUCUAUUUCAUUGCUAUUUCUCUGUUUCAUUUCCAGAGUCUCUCCUUGGGUAAGCAGAAACCCUAAAACAAUUGUGGAUUUGUGUCUUCUCCUUCGAAUCUCAUCAAGUACUCCAGGAAACAAUCGAGGGAGUAAUUGGUAACAAAUCUCACCGUCUAGAGGUAAUUAUCUGCUGCCCAUGGAGACUAACCUGAAUAGGCCGCCGAUCCUCCCAAACUUCAGGUAAAACGUGCUUCUGAUUGGUGCUGUGCAGUGCAAGACCACUGGAGGACAGCAGUAUAUAUAUGAAACCAUCAGCCCAGAUGACAUUGCUACUGUUGUGUAUACAAGUGGAACCACAGGCAACCCAAAAGGUGUUAUGCUUACACAUGGAAAUCUACUGCACUAGACAAAUAACUUUUGGGAAAUUGUACCUGCUGAACCUGGAGAUAGACUCCUAAGUAUGCUUCCACCUUGGCAUAUGUAUGAGUGGGGAUGUGAGUAUUUCAUCUUUACACUUGGAGUCGAGCUAGUAUACACAACUGUCAAAAAUUUGAAGGUAUUGUUCAUUAUUUUGUCUAUGUUUGAUUGCUCUAACGUCUUGAAUAGUACAAAAAUGAUCCUAAUAAAUUUGGUAAAGAGAAUAAGAGAACAAUUUUCUUAUUGGCAUCCUCCUCUACUUGGAAUGAGAAUGUGAUUGCGGUCCACUGCAUGAGUAUCAUUAUUACUUCUUCAUAUCAUUAUAACUCAUGCUACAUUGAAAUUUGCAGAAAGGUGUCUAGCAACUUGUGUUGGGUUCGUACAUAAUAAGAGGAGAUAAUAUGUAGUGUCAUCAUAGCUUUUACUCCAUUCCCAUUUAUUUAUCUUUGUUUUACCCUUUUGUUAAUUAGGUGUGAUGAAAGUAAAAAGAAGGCUGGUUAGAGUGGUAAACUUAUGUUACUUCCCAUUUUCUUUCAGCAUGCUACAAUAUAACAUCUAUCCUUAUGAUUCAUGCAGAAGCAUUAUUGAUGAACUUGAUGAAGAGCUUGAUUCUGCUCUUAACCUGUCAAACCUUAGAGCACAUCCUCCGAAGCCUAUCAUCCAUUAAUUCAACUAUGGCUGAGUUAGCAUUGUGCCAUAUUGGUUGCUAAUCAAGUAUGUUGGCAUGGGACAUUCAAGUUGUUUUAAUGUGCCAUUCCUGGUGAUUGUGUUUCUUUGGUCUGGGAACUAUUGAAAUUCGUUAAUGUUAAUUGGAAAAUUUUGUUUCACAAGCAAAUUUUGUUCAAUGGUAUUCUCAAGUAUAUAGGGUGCUUCUAGGUUUAGACUUAGUGCGCAUAGUGCUUUGUCAUGCCACAAAUAUGUUAUAUAUGUUGAUUUUGGGAAUAUAUGCAAUUAUGGAUGUAGAUUACCAGACAUAUUUGAUGCUCAUCUUCAAAAUUUCAAGCUAUAAGAGAGCCCUUCUCCAUAAAUUUUGGCAAUUAUUAUUAGUGCAAACAAAAUUAUAUGUUAAUCCUUCUUCUUCUUCUUCUUCUUCUUCAUCAGGCCAGCCUUCUUCAAGCCAGUAGUCUUAUUCA